AUGGGACCUGGAAUGGGAGAUAGUAUUUUUUGUCCCUUGGGCUUUCAUGGUGACCGCUGUGAAUUCUACCCCUUCACAGGCCAGUGCCAGAAUGGGACCAUCUGGAAUGGAAAAGAGUGUGUCUGUGCCCAAGGCUUCUUCGGUUACCAAUGCAAGUCCCUUGUGGACUCCUUCUUCCUAGAAAUCCCAGAAAUAAUCAAUGCCACUUUAGGUGUGACAGUGAAAGUGACUAACAAGAAUUUCACAAAAGAUCUGAAUAACAUAUCCUCCCCAGAAUACUGGAAUUUCACUCAACUAUUCAAGAGUCAGAUGGAUAAAGCUUACAUGGGCAAAGACUUUCCUCAGUACAGAGGCGUGAUCAUUAGGAGACUGUUCAAUGGCAGUGUCGUGGUGGAACAUGACGUCAUCAUGGAGGCAAACUACACUUCAGAGUUUGACAAACUAUUUGCAAACCUCUCUAAACUCAUAAAGGUCAAGAUUAUGAAUGAGACCAAAAGGCUAUCUGGUGAUUCUGAAGAGUGCAGAGCCUCCUCACAUCUGUGCUUCAGUGAGGAAGCCACCAUCGUGAGCGAGAACGUGAUGCUGGGGUUUGACUUGAAGGAGCAAUGCACUCAGAAGGCUGCGAAGGACUAUGCCCAGUUCUACUUUGUGGAUGAGCUGGAUGGGAAGCUGGCCUGUGUGACCAAAUGCACCUCGGGGACGAAGCUGCAACUCAACUGUAAUGAAGGAGAAUGCCAGCUGCAACGCAGUGGCCCCCGCUGCCUAUGCCCAACCUCGGACACACACUGGUACUGGGGAGAGACGUGUGCAUUGAGCACCAGCAAGAGCCUGGUGUACGGGAGUGUGGGGGCCGUGGGAGCACUGCUGGUGGUCAUGGUGGUGAUCCUGACUGUCUUCCUUGGUCGAUCCCAGAGAAAACUGCACAGGCAAGAAUACAAUUUGUGGCAAGGAGAAGAUCUUCCUGGCGGCUUCCAGAACACAGGCAUCUGGGAAGAUGAGAAUCUGAAGGAAGACAGAUUCGCCCUUGAAAACAUCUACAGCCAUUUCCAGCCCUCUCUGGAGAACGUUGACCCUACUACAGAGCUCCACAUCCAGAGGCCCAGGGUCCUGACAACUGCUCAGUGAGUGAGACAAGAGGCUCCCACCGCUCAUUCAGAUUUGGACAAGACAGCAGAUAAGAUCCCACGACAGCGCUACUCCCCACUUCCCCUGUUGGUCCAAAGGAAACUGACAUCAGGGCCUGAGGUGGCCCGGCUCAGAGCUGGUGGGCUUGGUCUGGGCCCUGCUGUGAACCCCCCUCUGCUUUCUCACACUCCGUCCAGGAGCCCAAGGUCUGCCCAGACACCCUGACAUCAUUGUUUGCUCCAGAGAUGCCCCACUCUGGAAUUCCCCCUCCCCCCAAUAAAAGAGCUAGGCUUAAAGUAGA